CUCGUUCUUCCUCUCUCGAAAGUAGUACUAUUAAUUACCGGAGCACAACAACGAGCGGCGUGGAGCCAUGACGUCAUGCUCUCGUCGGAGCAGCGGAGUUCUCUUUCGCCAGCUGGGAAACACUCGUAACUUCUCCAGUCCCGGCAGUUAAGCAGACGCAGGCCGACGGCGGCGGCUCUGAAGACGUCCACCGGCACCAUGAGUCAACCCCGCAAGCUGGAGGGGAAAGGCAGUUUCUUCAAGUUGAUCGACUCGUUUGCCUGGGAGAUCGGCACGCUGAAGAAGGAAAUGGGGAAAAAGAAAGAGCCCGAGGAAGACCACAAGUCGGAUCCACUCCUUGGACUGGGCGAAGAGGUGGGCGGUCUCUUCCUGCAGGCCUCUCCCUGUGCCGGGAUGCGAGCCGGGCCGGCCGGCGUGAGAGACUCGGGCUACGACUCGCUCCGCCGGCGCCUCAGCAUUCUGGACCGGCUGGUGCAGACGCACGCCGUGUGGCUGCAGCUGGGCCUCGGCCACCAGGACGCCGUGCGGCUGCUGCACAGCCAGCCGACCGGGACAUUUGUGGUGAGGAAGUCGACCAGCCUGCAGAGGAAAGUCAUCUCUGUGCGCAUGAACCAAGACUCUGCGGUGCCCGUCAAAGACUUCCCUGUGAAGGAGAGCCAGUACACUUUCUCUCUGCUGGGCUCCGGCCUGAGCUUUGCUGACCUUUUCCGUCUGGUGGCUUUUUGCUGCAUCAGCAGGGACGUUCUGCCCUUCACUCUGAAGCUUCCAGAAGCCAUCGCCUCGGCCACGACGUCCGCCGACCUGGAGGAGGUCGCCAAACUCGGAGCAGGCUUCUGGGAUUCUCCGACGUGUCGCAGGAGAAAAGGCUCCGGGCUCGCUUCUCCGGAGAGACCGCCUCUCCCCGUCUCCUCGGCCGCUAUCCCGGGGCACCCCGGGCUUCGGACUCGCACCCCAUCGGAGCUCGAGCGCUGCCAGUCCAACGGAGCGCUUUGCUUCAUCAACCCCCUCUUCAUAAAGGUGCACCAACCGGAUGGCGACCGCGCCACCGCCUCGAAUCCCUCGGCGAGGGAGGAACCCGUGAGCGGCGGCCUGGAGACCGACAACGAGGACGCUCGCGGAGACCGGGUCUCGGAUCGAAGGGACGGCGGCCCGUCGGGUCAAAGCGACCUUCAGAGGCCGGACGGAAACCUGGAGCCGCGGGACGAUAGCGGCGGAACCGGCGGCGGUCCGAAGAUAAGCGCCGCAGAUAGCGCGCCGCGGUCGCCGCCGCCGCGUCCGCCGCCGCCUCGUGUCGCGUCGCAGCUCCUCCGAAAGCGCCGCAUGCCGGAGAAGAUCCCCUGGGUCAACGGCCCCAAGGAGAAGGAGAGGGAGAGGUGCAGCAGCCUCCUCUUCCGGCUGAGCUCCUCGCUGAGCAUCAGCCCGUCGUCCUCCCCUCCCAAGAGACUCAGCUCCCCCAUAUCCAUCCCCCGGCCCUCUCUGCCAUCCUUCUCCUCCUCCUCUGGACGUCGGGCCACGGCCUCCCCGUCGUCCAGCCAGGAGGACGCCCAGUGCCACCUGGCGCUGGAGGAACAGACUAUUGAGAGUGCUCUGGUCAGGGCGGUGCUGUGUCGGCGGAAUGCCGCCAGAACCCUCGCCCAGGGGUCCGUCAGUCCUCCGGGCGGCACGCCGGUGGCGACGGGCGGGCGGGCCGAAGCGACCGGAAGAGACGAAGAAGAGGAAGCGGGCGAGGAACGCAGCGCUCGCGGCCAGCGGCUGAGCGACAUGAGCCUCUCCACCGAUUCCUCGGACUCUCUGGAUUUCUCCCAGUCGUCGGCCUUCUUCCUUCCGCCGCUGCACGACCCCAAACCGCCCACGGCGGACGACUUCAACGCCCACCUUCCCCUCUCCCUGCCGCCGUCCCGCAGCACGGAGGACGACGAAGACGACGAGGACGACGAAGACGACGACGAGGACGACGAGGAUCCCGACUACGGCCUCGAGAGCGACCAGGACCAGGACCUCACCAUGGUGCCGCCGGGGCUCCGCGCGAGGCGGCGCCCGAGCGCCGGCGCCCUGAUCUUGCAGAGGGCCCUGCGAAGGCACCUGCGCAAGAUGAGCGGCGUGUUCAACUCGCUGCUGACGCCGGAGAAGAGGGCGAUCCGGAGGGUGGUGGAGCUGUCCAGGGACAAAGGCUCGUACUUCGGCUGCCUGGUGCGGGACUACCUGGGCUACAUGGGCGAGGGCGCCGGCACCCAGGCCCUGCAGGGCUACGCCUCUGGACUGGAGCUGCUGCAGACCCUCCGCCAGUUCAUCACCCAGAUGAAGAGCUACCUGAGGCAGAGCUCCGAGCUGGAGCCGCCAAUCGAGAGCCUCAUUCCCGAAGACCAGAUCGACCGAGUCCUGGAGAAGGCCAUGCACAAGUGCGUCCUGAAGCCUCUCAAACCGGUGGUGAGCGCCGCCCUGCAGGAGUUCCAGGUGCGCAGCGGCGAGUGGAGGGAGCUCCGGGAGAACCUGGCGCUGGCCAAGGCCCGGCAGCCGCAGGAGAUGGGCGUGGCCGACACGCCGCCCCCCGACCCCGUGGCCAUCGAGAAGAUCAAGCAAAAGUUCCACACCAUGAGCAAGCUGUACUCGCCCGAGAAGAAGGUCACCAUGCUGCUGAGGGUCUGCAAGCUCAUCUACACCAUCAUGGAGGACAACUCGGGUCGCCUGUAUGGUGCCGAUGACUUCCUGCCGAUGCUGACCUACGUGUUGGCUCAGUGCGACAUGCCCCAGCUGGACAACGAGAUCCUCUACAUGAUGGAGCUGCUGGACCCCUCUCUGCUCCACGGAGAAGGUGGCUACUACCUGACCAGCGCAUACGGAGCCAUGUCUCUGAUCCGUAACUUCCAGGAGGAGCAGGCGGCCAGAGUGCUGAGUUCAGAGACCAGGGACACGCUGCACCAGUGGCACCGGCGCCGCACCGCGCAGCGCUCGGCGCCGUCCAUCGAAGACUUCCAGAACUACCUGCGGGUGGCGCUGCAGGAGCUGGACAGCGGCUGCACGGCCAAGACCCUCCAGGUGCGCCCGCACGCCACCGUGGAGGAGGUGUGUCGCGUGUGCGCCGACAAGUUCAAAGUGCCGGACCCGGAGAACUACGGCCUGUUCCUCCUGACGGAGGGCAGCGGCCAGCAGCUGGCGCCGGACACCCACCCUCAGAAGAUCAAGGCGGAGCUCCACAGCCGCUCGCAGGCCACGCCCUUCCACUUCGUCUUCCGCCGCGUGGCCGGCGGCGGCGUCGGCGCCUCGUCGUCGCCCUCGGACCUCGCGCCCAACCUCAACGACCUCGCCGCCACCUCCGGUCCCCGCGUCGACCCGAAUGACCUCGGUGCGGAGCCGUCGGGCCUCGGCCUGCCGCCCGGUCGUCUCCAUGGCAACUCCAUCUCCAUCUGACCGACGGAGGACGGCGUCGCUGCAGGUUCGGAGUCUCGGUGAGUUGAAAGAGUUCAAAAACAUCGACUUCUCCUUUUCGGACGACGCGUCCGUCUCGGUCCACGUCCGCUCGCUGGAUGAGGACACGAGUGAAAAGGGACAAGGAGAAAGGAGGGAAGGAAAUGAGAGGUGGCUGUUCUUUUUUCUUUCUUUUUUUUAACUUUCUUUGCCAUCGGAGCAGCUCUCUGAAGACCCAAACACAUCGUUGCUCUUCCGGAGUGAAGACGGCGUCUCAAGGGGUGCGUGUUCGCAGCCCUGUCUUCAUGCUUCUCAAGCAGAUCCAGGAUCAGUUGCGAGACUCAUCUUCACGCAAUCAUUAAAAAAAAACUAACUGAUGUUUAAUGUAGGUGCUCGGUGUACCUAUGACUCACGUAUGUAUCGGUUGCUGGUAAACUGUUACUGUUGUGUUGUGUUUAAACUCGUAAUCCUUUGAAGUUUAGAUUGUUUAUAUGUUUCCGAGGGAGUCUGGCGCCACCCGGUUGUCGCCGUCGCACAUUGCAGGAGCUCCAUUUCAAGUAGUGCAGCACAAAGAAAAAGAAGAGGAGCUCGACUGCAGCUACAGCGUCAAGAAGAGAACAGAAAAUAACUUUUCUGUUUUGAUUCCUAUUAGAGAAUUAUCCAGAUUUAUCAAAUAGAUAUUUUGAUCUGGCUUCAAGGACUCACCUCUCGUCCUGGGUCCAUACUCUCAAACUACUGGUGGUCCGACCCCCCCCCCCCCCCCCUAACCCUUUAUGCAAAGCCAGUGGUUUCUCACACAGUGCUAACUCAUGUCCAUCGUGUCCUUAGACUACAGAGUUUCUUUGUAUCCCAGUCGGCGUGUAUCGAAGCCAACCAGUGCCUCCGUUUGAUUUGACAUCGGAAGAUGAUCCAAUAAUAACAAAUAUUACUUCAUAAAACAUAUCGCUGUCGCUACAGGGCAGUGGCUCCUCAGCCGAUGGUUCAUUAAUGCUUUUGACUCGCAGCAUUUCAUGUGCAUCGAAAUGCACAUCUGCAGCUGGAUCCCACACGACCAGUGAAAUGGUUAUUAUAUAUAUACAUAUAUAAUAUAUUUAUAUUUAUAUAUAUAAUAUUAAAUAUAUAUUAUAUAUCUAUAUAUAAACAUAUAUAAGACGUGGUAUUUUUUUAUAUGAUCGUCUUCAGGAUUAACGUUUUGAAAAAUGUGUAAAAAUAUUGUUCUUGCAUGUCGUUUGUGUUGAUGUCAGAAACAGGCCCGUCUGCCAGUGUUUUUUUAACGUAGCAUUCAUUUAUGUAUUUGUUGAUUAUCCUGGUGAUAUGAAAGUUCCCGUGUGAUACCUUAUGCGUCUUUCUCCAUGUCACCGAUGAGCGUCACUAACUUGGCAAAGCAUCCGUACUAAUAGAAGAGGGAUGUAUGUAGUCUGUUUAUGAAAUAGUUGUGUGGACUUAAAAGCUGGUCUGAGGUCACACACACACACACACACAGUAUGGCUCCUGUAGAGAUCUGAAGAGACGAGCGGACGGUGGGCUGUUGGUACAAAGAAAACUUGAAGCUUUCUUGGAGAAAUCGAAGUUGAUGUUCUGUUUAUUUCCUGUUUGUAUUGAACUGCAUCAUGAGAGUUCAAUGUCCGAGGAAAUGUGGGAGCUUUGAGUAGCAUUGAUGUCGUGUAUCGCAGCCCGCCGUGCAGGAGAAGUUUGAAAUGUCUUCGAUCAAGCGAAGUGCCUAUUUAUGUGUCUCUGUGCAGGAAUGUUUUUCACAGACCUUUUCCAUUUCUACUCGAUAAUAAUCUUUUACGGUGUGAAUCCCAUUUGUGUGACGAUCGAAUGACGUCGUGAGUAUUCUUUUGCACUUAAUAAAUGUUGAAAAGAACUAAACUGGAA